GGCUCCCCGGGCAGCGUUUAAAGUCCGGGCAGAGGGGAGCUCGCUGACUCCGGCACUCGGCAGCUCGUCCCGUUCCUCCGUGCCCCUCAGCCUGCCCGGGGGCUCCGGGGCCGGGACCGCAGCAUGCGGCUGCUUCUGGAGGCAGCGCUCCUGUGCCUGACCCUGCGCUUGGGACACUGCUCCGAGGAGGUGGCACAGGACAAUGCCGGCCACCAGGACACCGCGGCAGAGUCCUCCUAUUCCGACUGGGGCAUCGACACCAUCCGCGACGGCUUUGAAACCGUCAACAGCUACUUCGACUCCUUCCUGGAACUGCUUGGGGGCAAGAAUGGAGUGUGUCAGUACCGAUGUCGAUACGGGAAGGCUCCCAUGCCGCGGCCUCACUACAAACCCCAAGAACCCAACGGCUGCAGCUCCCAUUUUCUGGGGCUCAAGGUACCCGAAAGUCUGGAUUUGGGCAUCCCUGCCAUGACCAAGUGCUGUAACCAGCUGGAUGUUUGUUACGACACCUGCGGGGCCAACAAAUACCGCUGCGACGCCAAGUUCCGCUGGUGCCUCCACUCCAUCUGCUCCGACCUCAAGCGCAGCCUGGGCUUCGUCUCCAAGGUGCAAGCCUGUGAAUCCAUGGCAGACACGGUGUUCAAUGCUGUCUGGACCCUGGGCUGCCGGCCCUUCAUGAACAGCCAGAGGAGCGCCUGCAUUUGCAGCGAGGAGGAGCGGGAUGAACUGUGAGCAAGAGCAGCCUCCUGCUCUCCRUGAGCUGCUGCCAGCGUCCCCUCUCCAGCACAGUGACUCCAGCACGGGAUGGGGCWCCUGGGCACAGCCCCUGGGCAGAGCAGACACAGCCUGUGAACACAGGGCAGCUGUGCAGCCCCACUGCCCCUUUCCAAGUCCACCAGCCAGAAGGACCCGAUACCAGUUCUCUCYUUGGACUGAUCAGGAGAGGCAAGCAGGGUGCAGUGCUGGUUAUAAACAAGGGGCUUGACCUUAAACAAACACUAUUACCUCCCCCCACUCUCUAACUCUCUAAUUUGCAGUGCAAGGCAUUAGGUUUCUGCAAGGCCUGUGAAAUUCCCAGUCCAUGGAUAAGCUAUUUACAUUCUUGCAGCACCGGUGAUAGACUGAAGAGGGGUAAUUUGCUUUCAGUAUGUUGCUCACRCCCAUCCCUGACAUUUGCCAUCCUGUCAUUACACACCCUGACAACCYUGCAUAUUUAACUACUUGGUUCCUAAAAUGUUUUAAAAUAUCUGGAGAUUUGGUAAGCAGAAGAAGGGCUUCAGGUGUUUGUGGUACACAAAUGAUAUCUGGGACCAAAGCCACUUAACAGAUGUGAAAUCACAGCCCUCUCCCC